UAACACGUUAUCCACAAACCACUAAGAUUAGCCUAACCUCGAGGUGGCAGCUCUGCUUGCCACCGUAACAGUUCAAUUUAUUUCACCUGCAUUGCCGCUGCUAAAAUGGCCUCGGCAACCAUGGCUCAAUCACUUAUAAGAUCACCUGCCACCGUUAAAAUUCGCCAUCGCCUUCCCCCGAGGGAAAAUAUAAUUGAAGUACUGGGCAUCACCAGAACCCAAUUAUUUCAUGGACUCAGUAAUACCAGACUUCCUGUCACUUGCUGUAAUAACAACAAUGAGAGGUCCUCCACCAUUUCUGAAGAGGAUUCCCUCUCCAAAAUGGGCAAAAUCAACAAAACCCAAUUGCAAGUGCAGCAGAACGUUAGUCAGUACGAAAGAUUAUUUUCAAAUCUCAAUGAAGUCACACUCAAACGGGACCCUGGGAGCAUGAUCAGUUCAAUAUUAUUAGUGGCGGGCACCACGGUGGGAGCAGGAAUUUUGGCCAUUCCAGCAGUCACACAAGAGGCCGGAUUUUUAGCAUCAGCUGCGACCUGCUUGCUCUGCUGGUUGUAUAUGGUUGUAACAGGACUUUUGGUUGCAGAGGUGAAUGUUAAUACAAUGUGUGAGCUUGGUUCAGGUGGGGUAUCCCUAGUUUCAAUGGCCUUGAGGACACUAGGUAAAGGAGGAGUGCAAGUUGCUUGUUGGUCAUACUUAUUCAUUCAUUAUGCCCUUCUUGUUGCCUAUGUGGCUCGCUCCUCUGAUACAUUAUCAAAUUUCCUUGGCAUUCCAUUAUGGCAAAGUGCCAUAUUGUUUUCGUCAAUAUUUGGAGGGAUAUGCUACUAUGGAAGCCAACGAGUCAUUGGUGCUUUCAAUGGGUUCUUGGUAUUUGGAAUUUUGAUCUCAUUUUCUAUUCUUGUGGGAGCAGCUGCAGAUGACAUAGACUGGAGUUCACUUUUGCAAGCAAAUGUUAAAGCUGUUCCCCAAAGUAUACCCAUUAUUUGUUUAGCUUUUGUAUACCAGAAUGUGGUGCCAGUUCUUUGCACAAAUCUUGAAGGCAAUCUACCAAGAGUAAGGACUGCAAUUGUUGUAGGCACAAGUAUCCCUUUGGCUAUGUUUCUUGUGUGGGAUGCAGUUAUCCUUGGAACUAUUUCGCAUCUCAAUUCAAGUGGAGUUACUGCAGUAGAUCCAUUGCUACAAUUGCGCUCCAUGAAUGGAAUUGUUGGACCAAUUGUGGAAACGUUCUCUUUCCUUGCAAUAGCAACUUCAUACAUUGGCUUUGUAUUAGGCCUUACAGACUUUCUUUCUGAUUUGCUGAAGCUGCCAGCAAGACGGGGAGAGCAACCCCUUUCAUACUUGUUGACUAUUGUUCCUCCUAUAUUUCUCUCGCUAUUAAACCCAGAUAUCUUCUUCAAGGCUUUAGACUUUGCAGGAACAUAUGGAGUUCUGGUGUUAUUUGGAAUUUUGCCUGCUGCAAUGGCAUGGGCAGAGAGGUAUUCAGAGGCAUGCUUAUCUCCUACAGUUCCAACUAUUGUUCCUGGGGGCAGAAUUACUCUUUGUAUUGUGAUUGGAGCAGCAGGUUUUGUCAUAACUUCUGAGCUUCUUGAUAACUUAUUACCUUGAUAAAUCUCAUUCCAAAAACUUAUUUGUUAGAUGUUUAAAAAAGAUUGAUGUCCUUUCCAUUGUGUCAGGCAGAAAGUUUAGAAUCAGUUACCAGAAAAAUCUCUAUGGGCUGUUCAUAUUUAUUCUCUGUUCUCUUCUUGAAUACAAUUCAAUAAUAUAACAUUUCUCGUAUGAUGAAAUGAAUUUGUUUUUUGCAAA